UAAGAGAGACUGAUAAUUUAAGAAACAUAUGCUGCUUCAUACGCAUCUUUUAAUCAUUCAUUCGUAUCGCGCCUUUUCGUUCGCUCCACUACGGAAAACUUACGAACUCUGAAAAGGAUGAUACAUUACAGAUGAAACGGCUACAAGAAGGUUAAGCUGUAGAAUUUCACCUGUUUAAGGUUGUGUUUAAUAAAUUAAAAACAUAAAAUGGCAAAAUUAGUUGUACACAUGGCAAAAUAUGCCGUGAGGUCAUUUUCAUGUGCUUCGAAGGAAAAUUUACUUAGUUUUCCUAUUUCGAGGAUGUCUUUACAUCUUUCGCGUUCUAUUGCUACUACUCAAUGUCUCAAAGCCGAUAGGCUAUAUACAGAAACACAUGAGUGGAUCAUUGUCGAUGGUAAAGUAGGAAUAAUUGGAAUAUCUGAUCAUGCUCAAAAAUCAUUGGGAGAUGUUGUGUAUGCUCAGCUUCCAGAUGUUGAAUCUGUAAUAGAAAAAGGAGCUGAGGUUGGAGCAUUGGAAUCAGUGAAAGCUGUUUCUGAUUUAUGUAGUCCAAUCAGUGGAAAGGUGAUAGAAAAGAAUGAAGCGGUUGAAAAAACACCUGCCAUAAUUAAUUCGUCAUGUUAUGACAAAGGAUGGUUGUUCAAAGUAGAAUUAAGUAAUCUAGAUGAAAUCAAAGAUCUAAUGAAUGAAGAAGCUUAUAACUCAUAUUUAAAGUCUGAUCCACAUUAAACAUGUUUUGUUUUGAACGUAUACAAAGUUAUUAUUCAGUAGUAGUUGUUUACUUUUUUGCUGUUAGUAAUAAUUUUUAAACUGUAAUAAAUAUAAAAAGGAUUUUUAUUUAUUUUAAAGCAUAAAAUAACAAACAUGUUUAAUUAC